UCGGGCCUCUUCUAGUCCAUUUCCUUUCAUCUUCCCCAUUUUCCUCUUUUUUCUCUUGACGCUAGACAUGAGCAAGGAAAUAGACGAAUCAGAUCGUCCAUGGCAGUCUUACCAUACAGUAUACACAAAUGCCAAAGCAGGAAUGGAUGGAGUUGACAAGGAGAAAGUACAAAAGAUAGUUUAUGAAAUGAGUAAAGGCUCUAAAUAUUUUGAGAACGAAGAACGCAAGGAUGCAUAUAUAAAACAAAAAAUAGAGAACAUGCGUGCUCAAUGCGAAAAGCUCACUGAGAUGGACAUAUCUCAUUAUCAGAUGGUUGCUGAUAAGAGAAUGGUAGAGCUGGAAGCGGCAAGAGACUUGUCCAAGACCUGGUUGCAUGUUGAUAUGGAUGCUUUUUAUGCAGCUGUUGAAACAUUAGCAGAUCCUUCAUUGAAAGGCAAACCCAUGGCUGUUGGUGGCAUGUCCAUGAUCUCCACAGCUAAUUACGAGGCACGUAAAUUUGGAGUUCGUGCUGCAAUGCCUGGUUUUAUUGCACGUAAAUUAUGCCCAGAGUUGGUGUUUGUUCCUGUGGAUUUCACGAAAUAUAACUAUUAUAGUGAUUUAACCAGAAAAGUUUUUCAGAAAUACGACCACAAUUUCAUCGCAGCUAGUUUGGAUGAGGCGUACCUAGAUAUAACUGAAAUCUGCAAAGAAAGGAGCGCGAGUAGUGAAGAAAUUGCUGGCGAACUCAGGAAAGAUAUCUAUGAGGGAACUGGUCUUACAUGUAGCGCUGGGGUGGCACCUAAUCUCUUGCUUGCCAAGGUCUGCUCUGAUAUAAAUAAACCAAAUGGGCAGUUUGUUUUGCCCAAUGAUCGAACUGCUGUCAGGACAUUUAUAUCAUCACUCCCUAUUCGUAAGAUUGGGGGCAUUGGUAAGGUCACAGAAAGUCUCUUGAGAGAAGUUCUGGGAAUCAAAACUUGUGAUGAGAUGUUGGUAAAAAGGGCGUUUCUCUAUGCAUUAUUUUCUUCUUCGUCAUCAGAUUCUUUCCUAUCUGCUGCAAUGGGAUUAGGAAAAACAGAUGCUCCUGAAGGUAGGUUACGAAAGAGUAUGAGUAGUGAGAGAACAUUUUCAGCCACAGGCGACGAGGCAAAGCUUUAUGAAAAAUUGGCAAAUAUAUCAGAGACUCUAUCAACUGAAAUGCAAAAAGAAGGUCUCUAUGGUCGCACAUUGACGCUAAAACUAAAAACUGCUUCUUUUGAGGUUCGGAGUAGAGCUGUAACUUUGCCAAAGUUUAUUUAUUCCAGCGAAGAUAUAUUAAAUCAUGCUUCGAAGUUGCUUAAGGCCGAGCUUCCUCUUUCACUGAGACUGAUGGGUCUACGCAUGUCUCAUUUCAGUGAUUGUGAAGCUGGGAAUGCUGAUCCGUUGCAGAAGACACUGAAGAAUUUUGUUAUUGUAGGAGAUGCUUCUACAAAAGCCAUGAGUAGUAGCAGUUCUGUGAGAACAGACAUGGGUGGCAACCAACUAAUGGUUGACGCAGAUGUUGAUCACCAUAUUGAUGGUGGUGAGAAGAUCAGUAUUUCUGGUUCUGAUUAUACGUAUGAAGAGAAUUCAAUGAACACUAAUUCUCUACAUCACCUUGAACUCGAUUACCAAAAAGAUGGUGCUGCUAGUGACAAAGACGCCUAUCCAGCCUAUAGAAAUGAUAGCCUAUCCGAGGUGGAUAUCACACAAUUGCGUGAAGAUGGUGGUGUGGAAGCGUUGAGAGAUGUACAGGAUGUAAAUGGAGAGAACAAAGAGGAAAAUAUCAUGGAGAAUCCUACAGCAUUGUUGUCCAUUCAAGAAGAACAGUUUUACUGGAUUGAUGAUUAUAAGUGUUCUUUGUGUGGGUAUGAAUUGCCUCAAAGUUUUGUAGAGGAAAGGCAAGAGCAUUCUGAUUACCAUUUUGCGGAGAUGCUUCAGAAAGAGGAGUCCCAUCAGACCCCGAGAACCGUUUUGCAGAGGUCUAACCAGAAACCAAGCAGUAGUGGAGAGACCAAAAGCAAAAAGCGUAAAAUGUCCGCAAAAGAUGGCAAGCAUAUUCCUAUUGAUCUAUUCUUUUCUAAGACUAAUCAGAACUUUUAAAUCAAAAUGUUUCUUCUGCAUCUGUAUAGAACAACUAAAGCCCCUUGCAUUGUAUCAUAUGUGUUUCAGUUCUUUAUAUCUUUGUACACUAGACUUCUGUAAGAUUGGAUUUAAGUUAAUUCAAUUCAAAAUGAACCGGAGACUCCUGAAACAUGAAAUACUCGUUGUAAUAUUAAUAUUCAACCAGUUAAUAAAAU